AUGCUUUCAGUCUCAGAUAUACAACUUGCCAUUUUGAAAUCUCUAUCUAACAAAAAGAGCAACUUUUCCAGUCAUCAUGAAUUGUGCAGAUAUUUAUGUUUCUUCCAGCUCCUAUACCUUGCUGUGUUAAACAAAUUUAUUCUGUUCUAUGUUUCAACAGGAGUAGCUAAACCAGAGCUUAAUGUCACCAGUACACCUGUGAAUGCCAUCAAGGGAAGAGAUGCUAUCUUACAAGUGACUUACUCAACCACUACUGGAAAUGCAAUUAUAGAGUGGAAAUUUGGGGGUAUUUUCAUUGGACUAAUGAAUACAAAUACACCUCAGCCGUCUCUCUCUCCUGGAUAUAAUAUAACUGAUACAGGUUCCUUGGUGAUUUACAACUCACAGUUUAAAGAUACCGGUGAUUAUAUGGUGUCACUAAAUAUUUUUGGACAGCCCACUAUUGUGAAACAUGUUACUCUAAAUGUAUAUGAGCCUAUCAGCAAAGUUUCAAUUGGACUAUUGUCACAGGAUAUUUUUGAAGGUACAGCAGUGACAUUGUCAUGUGAUGUCAAUGGUAACUGGACUUCCAUUAGUUGGAAACUAGGAAAUACUGCAGUACUAAAUGAUGAAAUCCAUAGAGCAAAUGGGAACACACUAAUGCUAUCAUCUAUCAGCAGAACAGAUGCUGGGAAUUACACCUGUACAGCUCAGAAUCCAUUUAAUACUUCCUCAGGCAGUAUACCUGUCACUGUAUAUUAUGGACCAGAUCAGCCUCAAGUGACAAUUUUCUCUGACAAAGACACAAAUCCUUCCCAGUUUGUGAUGGUAAACAGCACUGUGAUUCUUAACUGCACUACUGAUUCAAACCCACUUCCACAAUACUACUGGUACUUGAAUGAUUCACAAAAGUCUUUUCAAGAGGGCAGUCUUGUGCAGCUGAAUAGGGUCAACCUCAGCAUGCAGGGAGACUAUUCAUGCAAUGUAGCCAACGCAAAAACAAAAAUCAGUAAAAGAACCUCUGUUACAUUGCGUGUUUAUCAACUGCUAGAUGGAAAACCCAACUGCCAGCUGGUGUCCACAGCCAGUAACAGUGCUCUCCUGUUCCGCUGCAUCUGGAUGGGUGGAUACCCCCCAGCCAACUUGCAGUUUGCUGGUCUUGAGAAUAGCAUUUCAAAUAAUUCUUUCUUGGAACAGACCAUGACAAAUCUAGAUGGUAUCAAAGGAAAAAGUAUCACUUGUGUUGGAAAAAAUGUUAUUCAAGCUGAAAACUGCAGCAUCAUACCUGCAUCACCAUCUGACUUUAACUACGCCAAAAAUGUAUCAUACAGUGAUGGCACUGUGACAGCAGUACUUCAGAUGGCCGGUAACUCCAACCCGGCUGCUAAUAUCCAAUGGUUCAAAGGCAACCAGACAAUAAGCAAUGGAGGAAAGUACAACAUAUCAGCUGACACAUCUCGGCUCACCAUCUCGAACUUCACUUUGGAAGAUGACCUGGGAAGCUACCAUGCCAUCUGUCAGAAUCCUUUAGGUUCACAGUAUGUGGGCAUUGCCUUAACUCAGCCUGCUGUGACAGAUUUUACAAUGAAACCUAAUUCCAACAGAACUUCUGUGACACUUAAUUGGCAGGUACCAAGCACAGCAGUACUUACCAGUUUCUGGGUCCAGAUAAAAGGUCCAGCAAUUGCUCAGUCAGGCAGGGCUGCUGAUAACUGGUACACCUUUCAGAUACUGAACAGCACUACAUAUUCUACGGUGGUACAGCCUCUUCAGUCGAGCCAGAGCUAUUCCUUCCAAAUAAUACCUCGGUUAGGCAAUGGAGCCGGAACACAAUCAACGGUGCUGACCCUCAGCCCAAGUACAGAUUCUGGCUUGACUCCAGGACAAAUUGCUGGAAUUGUAAUUGGAUCAAUUCUGGCAUUCCUCCUACUCCUUUUCCUUUUGCUUUUAAUUUUCUGUUGUCUCUGCAAAAGAAAACGAAAACAGGAGAAGAAGGUCGUAUUUGAAGAAACAGCAGCACCAGCAAAAAUGCAAAAUAAUGAAAAACAUUCAAGUGACUUGACAAAUCAAGCAGCAACUCCCUCCAAUAUGGCAGCAAAUAAUGUGGCUAACAAAACCAGUUCAACUGGACGACCAGUGUCAAUGGCUAGCAGUUACUGGGAUGCAGGAUCAUUUAAUCAGAAUUAUGAUUAUGAUGCAGAUAACAGCAGUGCUGCAUCUGUUAACCACGAUAACUCAGCAGAAAAGUCUUUCAGAACAGCAACCAUGGUCUGACCGUUCAUUAUAUGUGAAUUAUUAUGCAACAGGAACACAUUUUCACAACUUCAGAACUUUUGUUGUAAAGCCAAACCGUUUACUUAAAAGGCAUGAUUUAUUUUGCACUGUUAGGUACAGUAUUGGAUAAUUUAUAUUGCACAAAGAAAGUGCAGAGUCUCAGGAAUUGUAUUGUCCCAGUAGCUGACUCAUUUACUCUUACAGCUGUACAAAAGCUGAUUUGCUUUACAAAAUUCAUAAUUUUCACUUAAAGCUUAAAGUAAUUAGGAAAUCAUGGUGGUAAAGAUUGUGAAUACUUGUGCAUUAUAAGCCAAAGUGAAAUGGAUAUUAGCAUAUUGCUUAUUGAAGAUAUCGGUGAUAUAUACAAAUGUAUACUUGUGAAAUUCCCAAAAUGGGAACUCUGAAAGUUUUUUUUUCUGGUAAUGAUAAUGCUGUUAUUACAAAAAGCCAUUUUUAGAUUGUACCAUUUUUUUUACUUUGACUUGAUAUGGAGAACAAAUCAUGUGCCAGACUAAUACUAGAUAUGUUCUAUAGUUCUUAUGUAUAUCUUUAUUAAUUAGACACAGAUCUUGUCAUGUCUGAAGUAUAUGAAGUAAAAUUGUCUAAAAGAGAGACCAAAGGGUUGAUGAAGUUGUCUUGUAAUACAGGAUAUAACUAUUGACUGUAUGUUUUUGUACUAUUACAGUAACACACACAGUAUUAGGGUACAGUUUUGCAUACUCUUGUACUAGUUAGCAUCCUAUAGUAUCGGUAUUGAGCAGAAGGUUAUGUUGCAUGAAAUGAUAGCAUGAUCACUGGAUUGAGACUUUUAACAUAUGUCUCACUCUAAGAACAAUAUAAACGAUGCAAUAAAACUAUUACUGACAUCAUCUUAUAAAACAAUGUCCUAAUUAUACUGAAUUUAUUGUAUGCCUCUUUUGUAUCUUGCAAGAAAGUAGAGCUAAAGAAAUAAACUACAUGUAGUGUA